CGGGACGAGGAGCUGGCCAAGCUGGAGGUGGCGGUGCUGGCCGUGACCUUGGCCUUGGCCGUGCUGGGCAACGCGCUGGUGCUGCUGGCGCUGCACCGCACCCCGCGCCAGAAGGCGUCCCGCAUGCACCUCUUCAUCCGGCACCUCAGCCUGGCCGACCUGGCGGUGGCUUUCUUCCAGGUGCUGCCGCAGCUGUGCUGGGAGGUGACGCACCGCUUCCACGGGCCCGACGGGCUUUGCCGCGUGGUGAAGCACCUGCAGGUCUUCGGCAUGUUCGCCUCGGCGUACAUGCUGGUGGUGAUGACGGCCGACCGCUACAUCGCCGUGUGCCACCCGCUCAAGACGCUGCAGCAGCCCACCAAGCGCUCGCGGGGCAUGAUCGCGGCCGCCUGGGCGCUCAGCUUCCUGCUCAGCACGCCGCAGUACUUCAUCUUCUCGCUCAGCGAGGUGGAGAGCGGCUCCGAGGUCUACGACUGCUGGGCGCACUUCGUCGGGCCCUGGGGGGCCCGCGCCUACAUCACCUGGAUCACCGGCAGCAUCUUCGUGGCGCCGGUGCUCAUCCUGGCCACGUGCUACGGCUUCAUCUGCUACCACAUCUGGAGCAACGCCCGCGACAAGACGCGGCGGCAGAAGCGGGAGAGGGCUCCGCCGCCAGGGGGCGCCCUCCGCAAGGGGCUCCUGCUCACGCCCUGUGUCAGCAGCGUCAAGAACAUCUCCCGCGCCAAAAUCCGCACCGUCAAGAUGACCUUUGUGAUCGUCUCGGCUUACAUCGUCUGCUGGGCACCUUUCUUCACCGUCCAAAUGCGAUCCGUCUGGGACGAGCACGCUGCCUGGAUCGAGUCAGAGGAUGUUCUAAUUACAGUCACUGCCCUUUUGGCCUGCUUAAAUAGUUGCUGCAAUCCAUGGAUCUACAUGUUCUUUAGUGGGCACCUUCUUCAGGAUUUCAUACGGGGCUUCCUGUGCUGUAAAAAAAUAAAGCAAAGGCUGAAAAAAGAAGAUUCUGAGAGCAUCAGCAGGAGACAGACUUCUUUCACAACUAACAGAAGUCCAACAAAUAGCCUGGACACAUGCAGAGAAUCUCCAAAUUCAUCACAGUCUAUUAAGUUCAUACCCAUUUCUUUAUGAGCCUCUGAUUUUUUAAAAACUGGUUAGUCUUUGAGUGCCAAGCAGCACUUUAGCACUUUAACUACAAGUGUUCAUGGGGGUCAA